AUGCAAAGAGCAAUAGAACAGAGAUUACGUGCAAAGAACUGUGUAGAUUAUGUAAAAAGUACUGAAAAAAGAUUGAAAGAUAGGCAUGGUUGCGAGAAUAGAGAUAAUGUCAAAUCUGACCUCAAUCAUAAACGUCUUGUUUUAUUACCUAACGAAACUGGCGGCGGAGUCCAUUUAGUUUCAAUUCCCUUUGUUUUUCUAUUAGGUUUGGUUUGGGAUCAAAGUUAUUCGCCCUUUAAUAUCAACAUUCUGGACAAAGCUGGAAGGACUGCUUGCUUAGAGACAGCCGGUCGGAAUAACAAGUCUUCAGAUAGUUACUUAAUCUCUAAUAAAUCAGAAAUUUUACGUGAGCCUCACACAUCGAGAUGGACCGCUGGCGUCACGCUGGCUUCAAAAUCAAGCCAUACCGAUUCUAUUCGUAAGGAGGUUCUGUUCAUUCUUAAUAAGCUUACUGCUGAAAAUUUCGAACAACAGGGUGAUAAACUUCUUAGCUUAGAUAUCACUUCAACUUCCCUUCAUGUCAUUGCUCAAUUAAUUUAUCAAAAAGCCAUCAAUGAACCAAAAUUUACUUCCUUGUACGCCCAAUUGUGUUUAAAACUAUGCAGUAGUGUCCCUAAUUUUGAGUCUGGGGGUUCUCAAUCGACUUUUCAGAUAUUCUUAAUUAAGUGUUGUGAAGAUGAGUUCAAGACCAGAGAUGUUUGUGAUGAUCAGAUCUCACGUCAGAAGUGCUUGGGGAAUCUACGCUUCAUCGCUGAACUUGGGAUUUGUGGUGUUAUGUCCGAAAAAGUUCUGCAUAACUGUGUUCAAGAACUUCUUUCCAGGAAAGGGCAACUUAGUUCAGUCAACGAUUCGGAGAUACAUACAUCUGCGCAGGAAAAAAACAAAACAGCCCAUACAAUUCGGGAGCGCUCUUUGUCCGCUGACUUGGAAUGUCUUUGUCAGUUCUUGACUGCUGUUGGGAAGCACAUGGACACACCGAAAGCGAAAAACUUAAUGGAUCAAUAUUUUCAUCGAUUGCGUCGUAUAUUAUCACGCGCUUACGAUUCAAAUGGAUUAACAUCCAACAACAUGAAAAUGUAUCAACGGAAGGAAAAACCUUUAAGUCGUUUUCGAAGCCGAAUGAUAACUGCAUCUUAUCUUCUAGAGGAAAACAAUUGGAUUCCACGUCGAGCUGGUCAGCGCACAGAAACAAACAAGCCACGUUUCCUUCGAGAUAUUCGCUUGGAAAUAUUAAAAGAAUCUGGAGUCCUUGUUGCCCCAACUCCAAGUGAGCGCUCUGUCACACAGCCAGAUGUACCUGGGAGUGCUUUUAUGGGUCACUCAUCAGCUUCAAGUAACUCUUCAGUGAAUGGCGAAUUUCCUUUCAAAUCGUAUUGGGAGAGCCCCAUCAGUCAAUUUCAUGGACGUCCACAGGCUGGUGUUGCCACAGAUAAUCGGCGCUUUUUGUCUAGCAAAAAUGAUUUGUCCCAUUCAAACAAUAUUCCUCAUCAAGGCUCUAAACCAAAUAACACUGACAGCUGGACCAAAAGAACGGAGAAAAAUGAAGUCAGUAGCGAUGUAGGGUGGGUACGUGGUGUCAACCCAAAACUACGGAACUCCGUUAUUACUCUGAGUAACGGCAUAUCAACAACUAAUUCUAAUUUACCUCCUCGAAUGCUCAGAAAACUGGCUGCGGAAGCUGCUGGAAAUUUACAGAAUAACUCGACAUCAAAUGUUUUUAACGAAACAAAACAACCUGUCCAUUCGGAAGUACAGAGCUUCCAUGCGAAAUCCAGUUCUGAUAAUAUGACAUCCAUUUCCAAAAACAGUGCAUCCUGCACCACGUCUUUUAUCCAUCUCAUUGGUCAAGUCAGUUCGUCUGAUCCUUUUGAGCCUGCAUACCUGCAAAAAGAAAGGUUAUCAGUCAGUGGUGGAGAUGAAGUCAGUACCCAAAAACUUGUUUGGUCUUAUCCUAAAUGUGUUCCAAACACGGCGAUUUAUGGUAGCUCAAAUCCACCUCUUCCGUUUAAACCACAAUCUUCUAUUUCACGUCCUCACUUAAUAAACAACCGAACUUCCCGGAUAUUCAAGCAGCAGUUCAGAAACCAUUCAUCAAACAAUCUUGCUGAAAACAAUUACAAUACCACGCACGCCGUUGAUGAAAACAGGAAAAUCGCCCUUAGAUUACUCACUUUAUUGGGAGAUUCUCGUGAUCCUAUCCUGGUUAAAAAUCAAUUAAAUUCAUCGGAUUUCAGUCGAAUAACAACCGAAGUUCUUGCCGUUGCUGUUUUACAUUUAUGUGAAGAAGGUACUAAUCUUAAAUUGGCGGAGGCGGAACCAUGUGAAUUAGCUGCAAUAUUAGUAGCAUGUGCUGAAAAUCUAUUGCAUCGCGAUGCGUCUACAUCAUUCCUUGCAUCUAAGGAUAAUCGCAAAACGAAACUUACAAAAUUGUCGUGUCAUCCUUUAUCUCUCGUAUGGUCAAACCUCCUUAGCAAGAUUUUAUGUGUGACACAGUUAACUUAUUCCAAGUCCAAACUAGCAUUAUUAUCAGCUGCUUUAAUUUGGAGUCGUCAUAUUAGUCUGUCUGAAUUUGGUGAGCCCUUACGUGGGGGUAAACAUCAUCCCUUGUUUUUACUCGUUCUACAACGUUUAUCACAAAUUGUUAGUGAAGAUGGAAGUGAAACAAUUUGUAUAUCUGGAGCGGGAUUAAGUGACAGACGUUCCUUGCUCAUCCAAUUAUUUCAAGAGAGUGAAUUGCAAAUGAAUCAAAUGGUCCCAGAAGGGAGUCAAACAAACGAAGCUUUGUUGUCUUUGCUAGAAGAACGUAAUUUAGAUUUUCUCGUCCCGAGCUUACGAUUGUCAACGGAACUAUCUCACCUUAUUAUGGAUACUUCAUCCUUAGAAGGGAAAUGUCCAGAAGAGUCUGACAAAAUCACAGCUUCUAAAUUCAACGAUUACCUUUCAAAUCAUCCAAUUGAUGCCAGGAUACGAGCAUCAGACUACAUUCAUGCUUGCUUGCCAGUCAUUUAUGAAUAUAUUCACAGAGUAGGAAUUAUUGAUCUUGGCAGUUUGUCUUCACCCCCCACUUUAAUGGCUAGAGAAAAAGCUGCGUGGGAGUGCAUAGUACCUCAUGUACUUAUCGAAGUUUUACGGAGCUCAACAGACCGACAGUUGGAUGCUCUUCAUGACCUGCAGUCCUUCUGGGUUGAUAAAAAUAUGCCUAAAGGGUUUUUGUUUCGUUGUUUUAUGAACCUUUAUAAUUGUGAGCUUGUAUGUGAAGACGCCUUUUUAACAUGGAAAGAAGAAGUGAAUCCCAGUUAUCCUGCUAAAGGCCAAGCACUAUUUGAGGUCAAUCGCUGGUUAACGUGGUUAGAAACAGCAGAGGAAGAAGACGAAGAAGACCAAUGUAAAUCUGAUUCAAAUGAGGAUCAUGCAAAGAUAGUUCAAGAAAGUUCAAUGGAUUCGGAAAACUCAGAAGCUUCUAAAUCUCCCAACCGUUUUAUUGAUAUUGAGUCUCACAAUAUGCCACUGGCCCUGCAUCCCAGUUCAGCAGCUUUGCGUUCCUGA